AUGGGUCCCAUUGAGUUGAACAAGCGACGCAUCAUCUUGCUCCUCGCUAGUAUACUCGCAUUCUAUAUUGUUUUCCACGGGCUUUCGUCCUCUAGUGGCGACUUCCGCGAUGUCGCUUCCCAGAUCCCCAUCCCCGGCCAUCUAAACCCGACCGAGCAUAAACUACCUCCAUCAGCGCCCGAUCCAGACGCGAUAUGGGAUCUGGAACUCGACCCUUCUCCUGCGCCCACGCCCACGCCGGUGCCGGCGCCCGAAUCCGAGCUCGAGCUCGAGCCCGAGCCCGAGAACGCAAUCGACACUGAGAAACCUAUCCCUCCGACUUCUCAACCUGUCGAGCACUUCGAUUUACAUCCCAUCGCGCAGCUAAUGCAAGAAGCCGAUGCCGAGUGGCGAGCCUACGAGACGCAGAUUUCGACAACAUUCAGGCAGACAGUGGAGAAAUAUAGAAGCAAAUAUGGCAGACAUCCUCCCCCGGGAUUCAAGGACUGGUAUAAGUUCGCCAGAAAGAGGAACGUGUUCAACAUUGAUGAUUUCCAACAAAUCAUGGAUGAUCUGCGCCCCUUUUGGGCUCUCAAUGCGUCAGAGAUCCGCAUUCGUGCGGCGCAUAUGUGGGAAAACCCUGACUUUGGCGUAUCGGUAAUUCAUAUCCGCAAUCACAAGGUUGUAAGGGUGGAUAACCCCAGUUGGCGAUCCGAAACUAUGGAGAAAGUCAUCGAGAAAUGUAUCAAAUUCCUUCCGGACAUGGACAUUCCCAUGAACAGGUUGGAUCAACCGCGCCUGAUCGUGCCUUGGGAAGAUAUGCAAGAGCUACUGCGAAAGGAGUACCAGACGCGCAUCAUGGCUCCAGAAGUCACCGACAGCUUUACUAAGAAUCAACCAGAGCUCCUGGAUAUAAAUAUCGAAGACAAGGAACUCGACCACUCCACAAGACUAAGUGAUGACUGGUUCUUCGCCCCCGGUCAGCAGUACAUGAAUCUCGCAGCCAAAGGUUGUCCGCCAGAAUCCCCUGCUCGGUCGAACAUGACCGUAGCGGACACGGAUAUGUUGUACAAAGAACCCACCCUUGGGUUUGUGAAGAACUUCAACCUCUCGACAGACCUCUGCACCGUGGGUCCGACUAUUCAAGAUCUGCAUGGCAUGUUGUAUUCCGCAAGCAGCAUCAUCGCCUCGCAAAAGCUUGUUCCCAUCUUCGGCGAAUGCAAGGUUAGUGUCAAUAACGAUAUUCUCUUUCCAGCAAAUAUGUAUUAUCAGCAUGAUGAGCGAUAUGACUACGACGAUGAGGAAGAUGUUGAUUGGCGGGACAAGCAAGAUAAUACCAUUUGGCGCGGCGUCACUUCUGGUGGUGUCCAGCUUGAGGAUAACUGGGACAGGAUGCACCGCCAAAGACUCGUUCAACUCUUCAAUGGCACCCAUUUGUCGGAGACAGGGAAAGAGGUCAAAGUCCUCACAGAAAAAGACGAUGGCCCUGGCAAAGUCAACACCACCUACGAACUUUAUGGUCGAUUCCAGCCCUCACAGUUCGCCGACCGACACAGCGACAUCGGAUUCACUGAGCCGAUGUCCUGUCUGCCGAAUUGUUCAUUCUACGACAGCGUUUUCUCUUGGAAGCCCCAGGUUUCGCUCACUUCACAAUUCAAAUCGAGAUACUUGAUCGACGUCGACGGACACUCUUUCUCAGGCAGAUGGCAUGCGUUCCUUCAAAGCAAGAGUCUCGGUCUCAAAGCUACUAUCUUCCGGGAAUGGCACGAUAGCCGACUUUUAGCAUGGCGACAUUUUGUUCCUGUCGACAACCGGUACGAUGACAUUUAUGGUCUUUUGACGUACUUUAUUGGGUAUGGCAAGCCCUACAAACAACACGUCGACGAAGGCGGAGACUCGAAUUCUCGGGUUUUUGUCGCUCGGCAUGAUAGAGAGGCGCAGAAACUCGCUCGGCAGGGUCGCGAAUGGGCAAACAAGGUGCUCAGGCGUGAGGAUAUCGAGGUGUACAUGUUCAGAUUACUUCUGGAGUAUGGACGAUUGAUUGACGACAAUCGGGACUUUAUCGGUUACUCCGGCGAUGGCAGUGAGUUGGACAAGUUCGACGCGGGCGAAGAUGACGAAGGCCGCUGGGGCUUCGGAGGGUGGUAA